GGAACUAGGUAUUUAGAAUUAUAACGGCACAUUGUGUGUCAGUGUAUUAGAAUUUUUGUUUCAUAUCAACAGUUAAUUUGUGGUUUUCACUCGGAUAUUUCCUAUCUUGUCUCUCCUGGUUUUUCUUCAUAGUGGCUUAACAAGGUUCUCAAAAGCAUGAUUAAACAAUUUCACAAAGCGAGUCAGUACAUGUCAGAGAAGAUUGGAAAUGAGAAUGACAAAACUACAAUGGAUAGAGAAUUUGUGGAAAUGGAGAGGAAAGUUGACAUAACAAGCAAAGCCAUACAAGAUGUGAUGCUGUUUACUAAAGAAUAUUUACAACCCAACCCUGGAUCAAGGGCUAAAUUGAGCAUGAUGAAUACAGCAUCAAAGUUACAGGGAAAGCAAAGAGACAUCAAAUAUCCCCAACCAGAAGGUACACUGGGCGAAUGUAUGCAAAAACAUGGCGGUGAAUUAGGAACUGAUUCUCACUUUGGAUCAGCUUUGGUCGAAGUUGGGGAAGCUUUAACACAAAUGUCUGAGAUUAAAGAUUCACUUGAUAUCAAUGUAAAACAAAAUUUUAUUGAUCCUUUACAACAACUUUAUGAUAAAGAUAUUAAAGAAGUCAUGCAUCAUCGAAAAAAAUUAUCUGGAAGACGCCUUGACUAUGAUUACAAGAGGAAAAAGGGAGGUAAAGUUCCACCAGAUGAAUUAAGACAAGCUGAAGAGAAACUGCAAGAAUCGUUAGAUCUUGCCGACAGCAGUAUGUUCAAUUUGCUGUCUGGUGAUGUGGAACAAGUCAGUCAACUUGCUACACUGGUAGAAUCACAACUCGAAUUUCAUCGACAAUCAGCCGAUAUAUUAGAAUCACUUCAAGAAAAUUUACAGAGGAAGAUUGAUGAAAUAAAUAGUGGUCCUAGGAAGGAGAGAACAAAGAAAACAUUACAAACAAGGAGUUCAAUCAGUUCUCAAGGUGAAUCAACUCUCGUUUCUCCCCCGCAAGCAAGUCCGAGGCAUAGUGCACCCUCGCCUGCAACUAAACCUAAACCAAAAGCUGAUCAGCCGUGCUGUAAAGCAUUAUUUGAUUUUGAAGCUGAAAAUGAAGGAGAACUCGGUUUUCAGGAAGGUGACGAAAUCAUACUUACUUCACAGAUAGAUGAAAAUUGGUUUGAAGGAAUGCUUAACGGAUCGUUGGGAUUCUUUCCUGUUAACUAUGUUGAAGUUGUUGUUCCCCUUCCUUAACUUUAAGCAAGUUUCGUUAACUUUCUGCUACAAAUUGCAGAUUUUUAUCAAAUAACGCACAGCAAAUAUUUUCAAAUAAUAAUUUACUCAGUAAUACGCAUUUGACAUCUAUAAUAAAUUGAGAAACAGUCUGAAGCAGUUGUUUCCAGUGUCAUCUAGCUAGUUUUUUAGUUUCACAGUGCGAGCAACGAUGUUUUUUUAAGUAUCGUCAAUUUCAUUCCUAAUGAGUAUUGAAGUCGUUCAAUCAGACUUUUUAGUAGGUUAUAUCUUUUUACAAUCUAUGAAAUUUGUGCGCAUCCAAUUUCGAUAACCUAAAUUUUUAAAAAGGCAUCAUUUAUUUUGAAAUAUUUUGGAUUUACCAUGUACGAAUGUUUCACCUUCUUUGUUAGAUUAACAUUGUUUCAUUACAAUUUUCUUACCCUAAAUAUCAUUGAAAAAUAAUAAGAAAAGUUACCACAGUCAAAUAUAUUGUAUAGAUCAAUUCAGAAAAUUGUUGUAGCUCUUUCAAUCUGGGCUUUCAGUUGAAAAAGAUUGAAUUGUUUCUGUAUUGUGGAACUUGUGUGCGUCUCCAUAUAAUAUAUUGGCUGGAAUACCUGAUACUGCCUAUCUAACCUUUUUUGGCACUGUUUUUUCGUACUGUUCUCUCAAAAGAGAAUUCUGUGUGUAAUUAAAAUAUUAUCACCAAUGGUGUGCAAUUGAAUAAAAACGAAUAACUAAUGUAAUUAUACCUUAUAUAAUAUAUAUAUAACCAGUAGUCAUUUUUUUGCAUACUUCAUUAUGGGACUGUUUAUAUAUUAUCUCAGUAGUUAAUAAUCACAUAUUCAUGGGAUCGAAGACUCUUAUCCGGUUGUUACAUUUCCAUGUCUUGAUACAAAAAAAUUGAAUUCGUAUGUAACUAAACAUUCAACUUUAUUACAAGACAAAAUUUAUUACAAGACAUAUCGAGUCGGGGAGUUUCAAAAUUGAUCUAAUAUUCCAAAGCUUUUUUACCAGGAUGGAAGUUUUAGUGUUUUACUAUUUUUUUUUUUAAAAUUUGCUAUCACAACCUGACUGUUAUGAUUCGUUCUGUAAUUUUGAUGAAUAUGUUAAUUAAAAUAGUGAUGUUUUUUUUGCAUGUAUAUCAACAUUUUUUAAAGUUUCGAAGAUGAUAAUAUUAUUGUUACGACCAUUCAUACUUCAAUUCUAAUUUAUGAAGUAUUUACUCUUUGGUGAGAACUGGCAUUUCGAAGACUACCAUCAUUUCAUUUGCACUAUUUUAUCACAACAUCUCAUCGUUUAUAUCUUGUUUCAUAAACUUGUUACCUAACCACUCUGUUGCUACAGGCUAGUUCUCUCAAGGGAUAAUUCUUCUUGUUAAGUGUAUGGUUUUUUAGCUAAAAAAAUGAGCAAUCACGACCUUUUGAUGCUGUCAAAAUUAUCAAUUCAUUUUUUCAUCAUUCGCAUCAAUUUUGAACUUUUCAAAAGAAUAAAAAUAGCUUGUUAAAACUCCAACUAUGAAAAGGUAUUUUCCAUUAACUGUAUAGUUUGAGAAUCAAAAUUUGAUCUGUCACACAAUGUAUGUUCCGAUUCCAUGUCAAAUAGUGUGCUUUGCUUGCAUAGUUGCAUUUACAGUGGUCCUGCUUUGAUUGUUUCAUACUAAAGUUGAAGUCCAAUAACACCUGGCCAGCAGCCAAUUAUCUUCAAAAUUUAAUCUUUUCCAUAUAAAGCCCGAACAAAGGUAUAGUAGGAUUAUGAGCGUUUCUAUAGCAUGUUUAUAGUUUUACUGCCAUAUGAUGCACAGUCUCAUGAAUUCUCCUCGGCCUGAACUUUAAAAUCGAUUGAGGGCAAAUAAAAAUGUUGCAGAAGUUUUACCCUAACAAUGACAGAGGCCGCAUGCUACAUUGUAGUACUAUCCUGGGGCAGAUCUCUCACUAUUGUGUUUCACGUUAUGCCGUAGUAGAACCGGGUAAUGUCUUUUGUGAUAUCUUUAUUGCCCACCAUACCAAUGUUAAAUUACAAAACCUGGCCUGAUAAAUAAAUAUUGCAAGCAUUAUGAAUGUUUCUGUAAUUUCUAUAAAAUGUAAAACAGGCCAUGAUACAUGUAUUUUCCCUGCUGAAAUUGUAAUUAGUUUAUCUUCGCUCUGUCUUAUGCAAUUUUUGAUAGUCGGUCUUCCCAAUUUCAUAUAAUCUAAUUAAAUCACUAACAAAAUUAGUGACCUGAUGGUUUGAAAUGAAUCAAAAUGUCACAAAUUUUGCUUGUAAUAAAUUUUGAUUCACAUUUCGAAUAAUACCCAAGAUUUUGAAUGAGUUAAGUUGUGUUAUGUAUAAUUCAUAUUAGUGUUUUAUAAUUUAACCUGUGUAACCACUCACAUUUAUAAUUCGCAAAUCUAUUCAAUUUGAAUGUAUGUAAAUUAGAUUCAUGUCAAAUUGAUCUUGUGUAAUAACGGCAUGAAUAAUUCAAUGCCGUGUACUGUCCAUAUACUAAUUUAGGGUUUACCCUAAUACAAGCUGUUUGGAAUAUUCAUUUCUCCCAUACCUCAGAAAUAUGGAAGGUAAGCAAUAACAUAUCCCUCUAAGUCUUAGUCCAAUUCGUCUGGGGAAUUCAUUAAUUGGAUAUAUGAGUGGUAUUAUAUUAAUAAAUUUUCUGGUUUUAUUAUGCAAAAUACGACCACAGAAUAUUUCAUUGUGCGCUUUAUUGCCAAUGGCUUAUUCAUCAGUUUCAUUUCAUUAGGUAAUUUUUAUAUCUUCACAGCAGACAAUAUUACCGUAUCAUUUAUUCCAUACAUACAUUGCUUUGUGGAAAUCUACACCUUAAUAUUACAACAAUCUUUAUUGAA